CUGCCAUAUUAGGUACCGCCCUUAGUACCCUAUUGUUCCCUAUUAGUCGACAAUUACAAGGGACAAUUAUUGUCUGCUCUAUCGAAAUAAAACAAAACUCAGAUAUUUCACCUCCAGAGUUUUCUUCUUCUUGCGAGAAUAACUACUAAAGAACCCUCGAUUCUGAGCUCCUCACCAACAAUUCCCUUCCUUUAUAAUUCCAACCCCACUCUUGCUGCACUCCCUGCACAGCUCUCCAACCAGAACUGAACUGCAGCUGCCAGCUCCAGCUGAUCGGCGCCGUUGAGGGGAUCUGCAUACAAUCCAAGACAUCUUGUCAAUUCACAUUCCACCUCCCUGCAGCUCGAGCAACACAAAUCUCACAGGGAUCUCCCCCAACAGUCCAAUCUCAACUGGCAUAUAAGCUCAAUCGACCUCGCUGGGCACGCUGAAGCACGGAUACGACAGGUGCUUUGUCCAGCCAGGCCUGCCUAUUCCCACCGUCUCGUCGACGACCCCCUCAUUCUUGCCCUGAAUCACUUCCACUUCACCAAUCCGCCCCGUCAGACCGCAACCAACGCACAUAUCUUCCUCUCGCACCUCUCAUGCCUGCCUCUUCCCCCGCAGCACCCCGCGCACGUCUCUCCAACUAACGACAUCCUCCCGCACCAAAUCACGGCCCUCGCCCUUCUCCACAACCCGCGCCUCAGCCUCAAUCCCCCGCACUAGCUCCACCACAUCCACCCCGCCGAUCCCCCGCCAUGCCCACCUUCCUCAUCCACGGCUUCCGGUGGUACCGCAUCUCCAUCCGCCAAUACGUCGCGACCUACGACGUCGAAGAAGCAAGCCCCGACUGGAUCGUCACCCCGGCCUCCUCCCACGCCCUCCUCAACUCCCUCUACUCCCUCCACGACUUCAUCCCGCCCUGCCAGCAACCAACUUCCACCUCCCUCUCGUCGUCCUCAACUUCCACACUCACCCCUCCGCCUUCCCACUCACCUAUCCGCGCAACAACCGCCCCUGCCCCGGCCCCGCGAGACACAAGUCUCUCACCACCACGCCCGCUCCUCCUCCCCCGCUCCGCUAACGGCGCUGCCGCCGCUUCACCACCCCCGCCUCUCUCACCCGCCGAACGCGCCUUCAACGCCUGGUCCCCCGUCAAACUGCUCGAGCAACACGAUAUCCUCAACCCCGCCAUCUCAGAGCCCUACGCCUUCGUCGGCGACGCCCUAGUCCGCAUCUCCCUCUCGGCAGACAUCGGCGCCGAGAUCGAAGCCUAUGAAUCUCGUCAAGGCUGUCGGAGGGAGGGCGCCUCAGUAGGGGAGUUGAGGAGGUUAGAUAGGGAGGAGGGAUGGAUUGGGAAAUUAGCGGGGCAUUUGGAGCCGAAGGAACGGGUGGGCUGGUUUGUGGUCGUUUGUGGGGAUGAGGAGAGGUCGUUUGGGAGGGGGGGUGGGGAGAGGGAGGAGAGGGAGGAGGUGAUUGAGGCUGCUGUGGUGAGGAAGGAGAGGAGGGGGUUUAGGAGGUUUUUUGGGGGGAGGGAGAGGGAGGAUGAGGGGGAGGUUAGGAGGAUUAGUAAGUCCAGGAGGGGAUGAGUGAUGAGUGUUUGGGUAUGUGAGUGUGCGGGUGGCUGUUCUGUUUGGUCUGGUUUUGGGGAGUUGAAAAUGGUGUUUUGGGGUAAUGGUUAUUUAUGUGUUACGAGAGGCGAAAUGUGCAGAGGGAUAGGAUAUCGAAUACCACACCGCGUCAACCGAGUAUUCCAAAG